CAUGCGCCGAGUGCAAGGGCCAUCUAUGUAAAUGCAAUCAACUUGUCAACACCUAUCUUUAUAAACGCACCAGCAAACGUCACGCUACGGUUCACUACUGUCGACGGGAAACAUUUCUUAUUUUUCUAUUUAUAUCUAAAAUUCCUUAUUUCUUAUUAUCCGACCAAAUGUGAUUUUUAAUUAGGCACGAUUCUACUGUUAAUUUAAUUGACUUCACAGUGCAAUACGCUCCAUUCAUGCUAGAAUGGAGCAACCAAAUAGCAUAGUUUUGUGUGACAAUCUCAUUAAAUGGUUGCAGACCUUAAAUCUUAAGGCUAAACAUGGAAAUCCAUCAGAACUCUCAGAUGGUGUGGCCAUUGCGGAGGCUCUUACACAAGUUGCUCCAGAAUAUUUCUCUCCAUCAUGGAAUACCAAAAUCAAAACAGAUGUGGGUCACAACUGGAGGCUAAAAGUCAGCAACCUGAAAAAGAUAUUAGAAGGUGUAUUUGAUUAUCAUCAAGAUAUAUUGAAUUUGAGCUUGCAAGACUUCUCACGGCCAGAUGUUGUCAAUAUUGCUGAACAUGCCGACCCAUCAGACUUAGGGAGACUACUGCAACUUGUCCUUAGCUGUGCCGUGAAUUGCGAUAAGAAAGAAGAAUAUAUCACCAGGAUAAUGGAGCUGGAACUGUCCUGUCAGCGAUCGAUCAUGCAAGCUAUACAGGAACUGGAGACGCUGACGCUGGGCGGUAGGGCGCCGCACGCGGAGGCGCCGGAACCGGAUACGGAUAUGAGGGAGGUGCUCGCCCAGCGCUGCCAUGAACUUGACACGCAGGUAAAAGUCCUCCAAGAAGAAAAGAUGACGCUACUAAGCGAAGUAGCGCGGCUGACGGCUGCGAGGCAAGACGAGAGGCCCGACGAUGAUGACGCAGAACUGGACGAGGCAGGGGCGUCCCUCGGACCGGCACACGCGGGCACGUUACGAUACAGUAAUAUGCGGGCGCAACUAGACGCGUUGAAGGAUGAAUUGGACAAGGUGGAACUGCAAAGAGAUGACCAGCGGGCGAGGGCCGACGCGCUCGAGCGGGAGUUGGCGCUCAUGAAAUUAAGAAACGAAGAGUUACAAAUAGCAGCAUCAGAGAACGUGACGCUAAAAGAUGACGUAGAUGCCCUAAGAGAGACGGCUGCGAAAGCGGCUACACUAGAAGCUACUGUUGCUUCCUAUAAGAAGAGGAUGGAGGAACAUGUUGACUUGAGAAGACAGGUGAAACUGUUGGAGCGAGCGAACACAGAGCACGUCCAACGAGCGAUAGAACACGAACAAGCAGCCACGAGAGCGAAUGCGUUACGCGCCAAACUAGAUAUUUAUAAAAAACAGGUGAUAGAUUUAAACGAGAAGCUAGACGCAGAAAUGACGAAAGCAGAUAAACUAGAGAUAGAGAACAAAAAACUGUCGAGCCGGGCAGACUUCCUGCAGCGCGAGCGAGACAAACUAGUGUGCGACAGGGACGCACUGAAGGAAACGGUCGAGGACCUUACACACUAUACUAUUACUGCAGGUGCCAGUGAAGACAACGUAUCGCAGGAGCUCAUACCAACUGAGAUGAAGGACAAACUAAUCCGGCUCGAGCACGAGAACAAGCUGUUACGGCAGAACCAGGGCGCGCAGGCCGACCAAGGCUCUGUACAGGCAUUACUAGAAGACUACGCAGCCGGUAAACACAAACAACGAGCAUUACACAGAGAACAAAUUCAACGAAUCAUGCAACUCGAAGCUGCCUUAGAAGCCGCACCAACGAGGGACCCUCGCCUCGCCACCGCCAUGGAAGACAGUCAGAGGAAAUCAUUACAAGUAGAAGAAUUACAAGCCGCCUUAGCAGAAGAAAGGCGGCGGGCCGGAAAACUACAAGAAGCACUUUCUGCGAGAGAUGCAGAAUUAGUGGCCACAGAAGACAAGUACAAGCGAUGCGUCGAGAAGGCCAAGGAGGUUAUCAAGUCGCUAGACCCCAGGGCAGCGGCGCUGCCAUCGCUGUCGGACAUGACUUUGGGCUACGCGCGCGGCGCGGGCGCCGGCGCGGCUAGAGGCGACGCUACGCCCAACAACAACCGACACGAAUGGAGCGGCAGCGGCGGCAGUGGCGGCGGGGGCGGGGGCGGGGGCGGGGCGGAGGGCGGCGGGGGCGGGGGCGGCACGGAGCAGCGCCUGCUGGCGUCGGCGUGGUACUCGCUGGGCGCGCGCUGCCACCGCGACGCCGUCGAGACACGCUUCGCGCUGCUCUCCGCCGGGCACUCCUUCCUCGCGAGACAGAGACGCCAGCCGCCGCACCCCCGAGCGAGAGCGGGACCGCCCGCGCAGCCCUGACACCCCUCAGUGCUUUAUAAUAAACUGUGCGCUAGGAUACGGGACACGUAGGCGCAGUAGUGAUAGAGGGUAUGUUCCGUUACUUUUACUAUGCGACGCGGUAGAAACGUGCUUCGCUCUCCUCUCCGCCGAGCACUCCUUCGUUGCACGGUAGAAAAGACAACCGCUAUAUCCCCUAACGAGAGGAGCCCUGACACCUACAUUACGUCAGUAGACGGGAGACGUACGUCCGGCACUAGUUAGAACGUGUAUUACGUUCCCUUUGUUAUGCGAUGGGGCAGAGGAGCGUUGACUCCUGAUGUUGGCCAGUCAACUCCCGCGCCGUUCUUCAACUUCUAUACUCCGGUCCAAUCGAAGGGGUUAUCCCUCGGUGGAUAUUAUUUGUAAAACGUUAUAAUUAAACUAACACUGUUUUAAUUUUUUUUACGGAAAUGAGAGAUUAGUUUGUCGACUUGGGCAACCUUGCCUUGGGUAUAAAAACGAGAUUUUACAACGCUUUGAUAAGUAUUCAAAACAGAACUUACUCAUUAAGUUUCACUAUAAUAACACUUACAAUAACUUUCACCAAAUUAAUUGGGAAGUCCCCGAUAAAAAGUCAAGCUGUGCAUUUAUAAUUAGAUAAAAUUAGACGCUAACGGCCGGCGCUGGCCUGCCGGUGCCUUAGUAAAUUGUGACAAAGUAGGAGCUCUAGACGGGCUCAAA